CUUGAAGGCCAUGAUAAUAUAGUUUAUUCAGUAGCAUUCUCGCAUGACUCGUCGCUUAUAGCAUCAGGUUCAGCAGAUAGAUUAGUCCGGGUAUGGGAUUUUACUACAGGCGCUUGUGUGCAAACGCUUCAAGGUCAUAAUGAUUCGGUUAACUCAGUGACCUUCUCACAUGACUCGUCGCUUAUAGCAUCAGGCUCAGAUGAUAAAAUAAUCCGGCUAUGGGAUUUUACUACAGGCACUUGUGUGCAAACGGUUCAAGGUCAUCAUGAUUGGGUUAAUUCAGUGACCUUCUCACAUGACUCGUUGCUUAUAGCAUCGGGUUCAAAUGAUGGAAUAAUACGGUUAUGGAGCGCGGAUAAUACUACAUAG